AUGUCUUUGCUCAAGCACAGGGUAUCAAACAAAAAUAACCAUCAAGAAAACACAAUUGAGCUAGAAAGCUCUAAUGAAAACCAAGAAGCAAUGAUCCCAGAAACUGAAGACAUGAAUAUUCCAGUUAUAAAUUACCCAAAAGACAGAAACGAGCAAUUCACUUAUAUUAAGCAGAUAAUUUUCUUUAUAUUCUUUCACAUUCAAUUUUUUUCUUUACAAAAUAAAUAUUAAAUUCUCUAGCUCAGCACCCCAAAAAAAUAUGGCUUUAUAAAACGUGAUUAAACCACUUAGCCUUUAAUAUCUUACAUCAAAACUCACAGAAUUCGGGUCAAAAUAUUUGAACUCACAAGAAGAAAUUGAUGAUUUAAAGGCUAAAUUGGAAAAAUAUAUACACAGUUAUGAAGCUAAAGCUCCAAUAUUAGCUCAGCAGAAAGAAAACUAUGAAAGCUUAAUCAUCACGUACAAUAACCUAAAAUUUGACCAUGAAAAUUUAGUCCCAGAGUAUGAAGCUGCUAUAGAUGAGCUGCAGAGAACAAAGGAGUAUUUGUCUGCAAUACUUGAAGAGAAUGGCAUAGUAAAAAACGUCAAUGACUAUUUAAUAGAGCAAAUCCGUCAAGUUAUCGUUGAGAACCAAAAGUUCAAUUACGAUUAUAUUAAGCAUUUAAGAUGUCUAGAGCCAUACUCCUGGAGUCACUGGCAAUUCUGCACUUAAAAUGGUGUACAAAAUGAGCAGGCAUUCAGCAAUAUUAGCUAAAUUUUGACAUAUUCUUUCAUCCAGAGCUUAUCUUUGCAUACCAUUCUGCUCCUCAAGUGUUUUGCCUAUAGUUUAUAUUCCUCAGGUGUGCAGAGCGGGAGCUAGUUGCUCCAAGAGGCUGAUCACCCUUCCCUUGUUUACCUGAUGCUGUUGGAUCAAGAUUCAUUUGAAAAACCGAACUUCAUGAUAAUAAAUGGACCACCGGGAAAUUUCACAUAUCGCAAUUUUAUUAUUAUGAUAACUAAAAAUUCAAGCUCCAAAACAAUUUUCUUACAAAUGCCAAAAUAAUUGAUGGAGAAUCGCUAAAGAAAGAUUUAUUUGCAUUUAUAUAGUAAAUAAGGUUUUUUAGUAAUAUGCCUAUAUUAAUUAAAAUUAUUUAGUAUGCCAAAUUGAAUUUUUAUUAUUUAAACAUGAGCCAAAGAAUUAAUAAAGGAAGAUUUAUGUAGUUAAAAAAAGUUGUAUUAUAAAAGAAAUAGCCAAAAAAGAAAACAAAAUUGACGAAUAUUCGCAAGACGAAAAAUUGCUUAUUGAAGAAAUAGAAAAUCUUGGGAAAGAAUUGCAGAUGUAUAAAGAAAAAGUAAAACAAUAUCAAGAAACACCAAUAAAUGUGUAUAAAACUGGAAUUGAAAAAUUUUCAGAUCUUGAAAGAUUUUAUGCACAAAGUGAAAAAGAGAUUAUUGAGAUGAAAAAGAAAAAUGCUGAGCUAGAGCAAACAGUUUUGGCAACUAAUGCUGCAAAAAAUUCUUUAUCAGCAACCCUAGAAAAAUUAAAAGCUGAGCUUGAAAAUAUUAUUAUUUUCUUUUUUAAUGUAAUAUUUAUAAUUCUCCUUAUAAAAAAUAAUAAAAUUGUCUUAAAAAUAUUGCAUAGCUUUAUCAAACAUAGUAUAAAUAUGAAAAAGGUAUAUCAGCUCAACAGCUCCAAUUUACCCAAGAAAAUUUUAUCAAUGCUCAACCUGAAAUUGCUUCACUCAGGAAAGCAUUGCUGCAAAAAGAAAAAGAAAUAAAAACUACGAAAGAGCUUUCUGACAAUGAAAAAGAAGUAAACAACAGAUUAAGGGCUGAGGUUAACAAAAUCAAAGAAGAACUUCACCAAAUGCAAAAAAUCGUCCAUGAAAAAGAAAAACUCCUUUUCGAAAACAUGUCAAAUAACACUAAACAAGUAGAAAAACUCAUCAGAGAAAAAAUCGACCUUUAUAGAGAGCUAAAAUCAACCCAAAAAGAAUGGAAAGAAACUAAAGAAGCCUUAGAAGCUGAAAAUAAAAACCUCAAAGAAGAGAACGAAAAAUGCAGAAUCGAGUUUUAUCAAUGCAAAACAAAUGAAGAAUACCAAUCCGCCUUACAAUUUAUUGAAGAAAAAAAAGGUUUUAUUGAAAUUCUUCAGCAGGAGUUAAAUGAAAUAAAGCAAAAAAAAAUUGAGCUAGAAAACGAAAAUGACUAUUUAAACCAGCAAUUACAAGCAUUUUCAGAAAAAGAGGCAAGGUCUGAAGAAAAUCAAAAUACCACAGAAAGGUAUCUGUGUUUAAUUGAAGACGUGUUUAGUCAUCAAAGAGAGUUCGCAGAAACACACAAAGAUAUAGAGCUUCUUAAGUUUCAGCUAGGACAGUAUGAAGAAGAAUUAAUUUCAGAGAGAAAAAGAUGCUUGAGCUUAGAAAAUUCUUAUUUCAAUGAACAGCAUAAGGUGUUAGAAAUCCAAAAAAAUCAAGAAGAAUUGGCAAAAGAAUAUGACCAACUUUAUCAAAAUUGCCAAGAAAUUCUGACACAAAAAGAAAAUCUUCAGCUAGAAGCCAAAGAAAUGAGAGAAAAAGAACAAUUGUUGGAAAAAUCGUGAAAUGAAAGAGAAAUUGAACUUUUGAAGAGGGGGAAUACUGAUGAAGAAAUAUUAGAAGAUUUUCAGAGAUAUAAGGAGGAGCUUAAUAAGAUGAAAGUGAUUAAUGAGGGGCUUAAAAAGAUGAACGAGGAAAAAGAGCAAGAAAAUGGAGAAUUGCAGAGGCAGAUUUUAGAUGAGGAAGAAAAGUAUGUGAAACUGCAGGAUUAUUGUAAAAAGCUAAAGAAUCAGAUAGCAUCGAAGAAGAUUGAACAGACCCCUGAAGGUAUGCUCAAGCUUGUUGCAAUUCUUCAUAAAGCUAGUGAAAACCUAAACCACCAGAAUUCAUUAAAAAAAUAAUUUUUGAAUUAUCAUAUAUAUAAGAUUUAUUGAUUUAAUGUGACUCAAUUGAAGUAAGAAAAUAA